UAAAGAGCGCGGGAGCGCGCAGACGGGUCCUUCACAACUCGACGUCUCUCUCUGGAACCGGAAGCCUAACAGCUUGGAUUUCUGUAAAUGAAAAUCAUUUGAAGUGGAAACAUGCUGUCUAUUUUUAAGUCCAUCCCCACGCAUAUGGAUUACAAGGGCCAGAAACUGGCUGAACAGAUUUUCCAGGGAAUUAUACUCAUCUCAGCAGUGAUUGGAUUCAUUUAUGGUUUGAUCAUUGAGCAGUUUGGGUGGACAGUUUACAUAGUAUUGGGUGGCUUCGCUGUGUCCUGUCUGUUGACCCUGCCUCCAUGGCCCAUGUACAGGAAGAAUCCUCUGUCCUGGCAGCCACUUCUGCCAGAGAGCAAUGGAGAAUCCAACCAAAAGCCCCAGGAAAGCAUCAAGAAGAAGAAGCACAAAUAACUCUGCUUUCGUCCUGUCUGGCUAUGAUAAUUAUUUUGGAGAUCGUCACAAAAAACACACAAGAAACCUUCUGAGUUGUUUUUUUUUUUCUUUCUUUAUACUAAAACACGUGGUUGAAAUAAACUGCUGAUCUUCUUUUCUAAAUGGGAUGUAACGUUUGUAUUUCUAUUAAAAAAAAGUUACUGUCA